AUGUCUUUGACGGUGUCUCAUCUAAUCCGGGACUCUUCAGAUCAUGCUCCGCUCCUCAUUUCUGUCUCAACCAGGCUGGAUAAUAAGCCGCAGUCAUUCAGGUUUCUUAACUUUUGGACGAGCCGUGAGGAUUUCUUGCCCAUUGUUCGGGACUCUUGGAAGCAGCCAUGUUCUGGUUCUCCUCUACAAGUUCUGUGUUGCAAAUUAAAACGGCUUCAGGGGGCUGUCCAGGUUUGGAAUAGGGUGGUUUUCGGGGAUAUAUUUCAGGCAGUUAGGCAGAAGGAAGAGGAGGUGAGGCUUGCGGAGAUCCGGAUGGAAAGUGAUGGGUCGGAAGCGGCUAGGGUUCAAUUACAUCUUGCUCAAGGUCGUUUGCGUGCUGCCUUGAGAGUGGAGGAGGUUUUUUGGAAGCAAAAGGCCCGGGUUAGGUGGCUUCAGGAGGGAGACCGCAAUACAAAGUUUUUUCAUUCCGUGGUCAAACACAGAACGGUACGGUCGAUCGUUCACAAGAUUAGAAAUGACCGAGGGGAAUGGAUUGAGUCGGAGGCGGAGAUAGGAGCUGAGGCAGUAAGGUACUUUGAGAGGUUGUUUACAGCUCAGCAUAUAGCAUCUUCUUCUACUUUGCUUCAGCAUAUCCCAAAAAUUUUGACAGAUGAGGAGAAUGGUUUGCUGGAGCAGGUUCUCUCUGCGGAGGAGAUUCGUAGUGCGGUCUUUGCGAUGGAUGGCGAGAGUGCGCCGGGGCCAGAUGGUUAUACGGGUAAAUUUUUUACGGCCGCCUGGUCAGUUAUCGGUGAGGAUGUGGUCCGAGCAAUGUGUAGCUUCUUUUGCGGGGCUGAGCUACCACGUGCAAUUACAGCAACCUCCAUUGUGCUCAUUCCUAAGAUUGUGCACCCUCAAAACUUUUCACAUUUCUGUUUGAUUAGCCUGUGCAACUUUGUUAACAAGGUACUUUCGCAAAUUUUGGCAGAUCGUUUGGCCCAAGUCCUUCCUAAGAUCAUUUCCCCACAGCAGAGUGGCUUUGUUCGGAGGCGGCUCAUAUCGGAUAACUUCCUGCUUGCACAGGAAUUACUCUCUAGUAUGGGUAGGUCUCCCAGAAAUGCCGAUGUUGUCCUAAAAUUAGAUAUGUCGAAGGCCUACGAUCGUGUUUCCUGGGCGUUUUUGACUAUGGUAUUGUAA